AUGGAUAGGUUAAAGAAGACACGUACGAUUAGUCGAGCGGCGUUUACUCGCAAUUUGGGCGUAUUGAACACUGAAUUAGCAAAGGAGAGAUCAGAUAUACAAGAGCUUCAAGCGCGUCUUGCAAUAGUAAGAGAGAAAGCGAUCGAGCUUGAGGAAAUUAAUCAGAAGAUCUUUGAGGCUAUGGUCGAGGGCGAUGCGGACGAAGAGCAACUUUUGCAAGAAACCGAAACGGCUGACGAGUAUAGAAUGAGAUACCAGCAAGCAAAGGUUGCAGUAAAUAGUAUUUUUGAGCUCACCACUCCAGCACGACAGACAGAAGAUAUCGGUAACGUGAGGCACACGGCUCAGGACUUACACGUGCGCACUUUUAAGUUACCAAAAAUACAGCUACCAAAAUUCAAUGGAGACAUUAAGGAUUGGUUACAAUUUUGGGGCUUAUUUAAGAACAUUCACGAAGAUCAGACCAUUUCUAGAGAAGAUAAGUUUCAGUACUUAAUCCAAACAAUGGUUAAGGAUUCACGAGCGAGCGAAUUAGUCAAUAGUUUCCCACCAACAGCUGCCAAUUACGACAAGGUGAUUACGUGUUUAAAGAACCGUUUUGGCAGAGAGGACUUGCUGGUGGAAGUAUACGUUCGCGAGAUGCUGAAGUUAAUAUUAACCAGAACAAAGGCAAGUAAUCAAACUUCUUUAUCAAAGAUUUAUGAUAGACUUGAAACUCAUUUGCGUGCACUCGAGUCCUUGGGUGUUACGACAGCCAUGUGUGCAGCAAUGCUCUACCCCCUGGUGGAAUCAUCGUUACCGGAGGACCUUUUGCGAGUUUGGCAGAGAAAUCCGAAGGCAAUUGCGUCCACAACUUCAAAACAGAGAUUGGAUGAGCUGAUGAUCUUCCUUCAAGCCGAGGUAUUGAGUGAAGAAAGGAUUUCCAUGGCGGUAAGUGGCUUCGGCUUACACGAUGAACAGAAUAUUCAAGAUAAGUCGAAGAGAAAAGGAAAAGCGGAACCAAAGGAGGUUGCUACAGCGGCGGGACUUCUUUCAACGAGGGAAGAAAAACGUACCUGUAUAUUUUGCGAGCAGAACCACGACAGCGCUUCAUGUGCAAGAGCAAAGAAGAUGACUCAGGAAGAGAGGCACAGAACGGCCAAAGAGAAAAAUGCCUGUUUCCGUUGUUUAAAAACAGGUCACAGCUUUAAAUUUUGUCGGUAUAAAGAAAAAUGUCCCUGGUGCGACAAGAAACAUGUUCUUCUUAUGUGUAGAGAUAGGUCACCCAAUACCUUUUCGGGAAAUAGUCAGGAGCAGCCUAAUCUUUCAAACGUCUCAUCCUUGUGCAACGUGUUCUUGCAAACUCUUCGUGUAAAGCUGUGUAAUCAAGGAAAAGAGAAGGUGGUCAGAGCUAUUUUUGACACGGGAUCGCAUAGGUCAUAUAUACUCGAUCAUUACGCUAAAGAAUUAGGUUUCAAAAGUAUAGGAGAGCAAGAAGUCGUACAUAUGUUGUUCGGAGGCUCAACAUCGAAACCGCAAGUACACCAAAGUUACCAGAUCCGUUUGAAGAGCUUGGCUGAUUCGUAUUCUUGUGAUUUUGUAGCAUUGAACCAAAAGGAAAUAUGUCGGAGCGUUCCAUCGAUAAGCAGAGGGCCAUGGCUGCAAGAGCUGCAACGAGAAGGAAUACACCUGACCGACGUUAACACAAGAGACGAACCAGUGGCAAUCCUGAUUGGCGCAGAUAUCGCGGGAAAACUAAUAACAGGCGAGCGUAUGGAACUUGAAUCUGGGCCUGUCGCUUCAAAAACAUUACUUGGUUGGACAUUGAUGGGAAAAACGAAUACCCGACCGAGUGAAAAGACCGGUACAGCUUUAAUGAUUAUCUCCAUGUUUGCGCAAGAAGCGAGUAUCACAGAUUUGUGGCAUUUAGAUGCGUUAGGCAUUACGGAUCCCAUAAUACAAAAAACAAAGGAGGAACAUCAAGCACAGAUAAAAGAAAACUUUCAACAGACGAUCAAGAUAGGCAACGACAACCGAUACGAAGUGUUACUUCCUUGGAAAGAGAAUCACCUACCGUUGACUGACAAUAAGGAUGCUGCAGUACAUCGGCUUGUAUCUACCACAAAGAGGCUCAAAGCACAAAAUCUCUAUGACAACUACCAGGAAGUAUUUGGUCAAUGGCUGUCUGAAGGCAUAAUAGAAAGAGUUCCACAUAACGAGGUAGAAAAAGAGAGUUACUACUUACCUCAUAGGCACGUACUUAAAGAUAGCAGUACUACCAGGAUUAGACCUGUGUUUGACGCGUCGGCCACCGGAAAAAAUGGCAUUUCGCUCAAUCAGUGUCUAGAGAUAGGCCCCAACUUGAUAGAACAGAUUCCGAACAUACUACUGAGGUUCAGACAAUAUAAAAUCGGAGUGGUUUCAGAUAUUUGCAAAGCCUUUUUGCAAAUAAGUGUCACACCUGAAGAUAGGAACGUACUACGAUUUCUCUGGUGGAAGGGGACACACCCAGAAGAAAUAGAGGUAUAUCGACAUAGAAGAGUCGUCUUUGGAGUUUCUAGCAGCCCCUUUCUGUUGGGAGGAACUAUCGAAUAUCACCUACAGAGAAUCACGCAGGAAGUUGAUCUAGAAGAAAAGGAAAUUAUAGAGCAAAUGAGGAAGUCCUUUUACGUCGACAACUGCGUAACCAGCAUCGAUACAGAGAGUGAGCUGUUUCGUUUCAUAGAAGUGGCGAAACGAGUGAUGGCGAAAGGUAGUUUUGAUCUACGAGGCUGGGAAUAUACCGGACAAGAAGACAUAGAGACAUCGACCUCAGUGCUUGGCUUAAAAUGGAACAAGAUUGAAGAUACCUUGGGAUUGUCCACGUCUUCACUCAAAUCACACACGGGUUCGCGAAUCACGAAGAGAACCAUAUUAUCUGCAGCUCAACGUGUAUUUGACCCUAUUGGAGUUGCAUCCCCGGUAUUUUUAAAACCGAAACUUUUAUUGCAGAAUCUCUGGUCAAGCAAGAUUAAUUGGGACGCUGUAGUACCGGAGGAUGUGGAAGCGGAAUUUCAUGAGUGGCAACUACAUCUCGACUGGUUGGAGAAGCUACAUAUCCCACGGCAGGUCUUUCGCCAAAACGAAGAGAAGAGCAAUCUAUCUUUUCACAUAUUUGUCGACGCCAGUCAAGAUGCAUACGCGACAGCUUUAUUUGCGCGAACAGAAGAGACUGACGGCGUCUACGUUCAACUCAUCGAGGCAAAAAGUAGAGUAGCCCCGAUAGGACGAGCAACAAUUCCAAGGUUAGAGUUGCUUGCUGCUACAAUUGGAGCACGCUUAUGGCACACGAUGAAGAGUGCUUUGAAUUUUGACACUACAGAAGCUUUCUUUUGGACGGAUUCCACUACUGUCUUGGCGUGGAUCCACAGAGAUAAACCCUGGAAUACAUUCGUUUAUAACCGAGUAAAGGAAAUACGCAGACUAUCAGAUCCGAAUCGAUGGCGCCAUAUACCAGGGAACAUGAAUCCGGCUGAUCUACCUUCGCGGGGAUGUACAGCCAAGCAAUUGGUGGAAUCGCGAUGGUGGGAGGGCCCGGCAUGGCUCAAAUCAUCGAAAGAGUAUUGGCCUUCAACCAAAUAUACGUCUAAUGAAGCCGAGGUCGACAGUGAAAUCAAGAAAUCAGUAGGUCAUAACGCAGUCUCUCCAGAUAUUACUGUAGUAAGAGAGACGUCGAUGCUCGCUGUGGAGAAAGAUGAAGGUUGGUACAUGAAGAGACAAUCUAAAUACUUAAGAAUAGUACGGACCAUAGGAUGGAUUCUUCGUUUUGCCGCUAAUUGUCGAACUUCACGUCUUGAGAGAAUAUCGGGAGAAUUAUCGACGAGAGAGUUUGUUGCUGCAGAACUGAUAGUCUUGAAAUUGAGUCAACAAGAAUCCUUUAGUGACAGAGAUGAACCACGAUUGAGCACUUUGGAUACCUACAGAGAUGGAAAUGGGUUGCUGCGACUAAAGUCACCUGUUAUCAAUCGAGAGGACGAACAUGGAUUUAGGCAUCCUAUUAUAUUGGAUCGUAAACACCCCUUGGUCACGAAAUUAAUUGAAUAUAGGCAUCAACAACUUGGCCAUGCAGGA